CCUCAACCUUUCAACAAGCCGAGAAGUAAAUAAAAAACAUUCUAAAUCAUUAGUUAUUGUUGUUCAAGUAAAGUUUAAGUGAUCUGUGGAUUCCAGAAAAUGUCUAAUCUAAAAUCAAAGAAAAUAAGUAUAAGCAAUUUCUGCAAGCUUAUUCCAAAAAUCGAACUCCAUGCUCAUUUAAAUGGUUCUCUAAACGAAGACAUCUUAAAACAACUUGGUUGCGAUGAAACGUCCAUUUCUGAAUACCAAAAAUUAACAGAGAUCUUAAAUAAAACAUCUAGAAACCUAGACGAAUGCUUCCAUCUUUUUCCUAUUGCUCACAAUGCCACAAAAACAAAAGAAAAACUAUAUAUGGCAACCAAAAGUGUUAUCAAAGAUUUCAAAAAGGAUAAUACGAUUUAUUUAGAACUUCGUACCACUCCUAGAAGUGAAGAAGACAUGAGCAAAGAAGAGUAUAUCGAAACGGUUGUCAAGUGCAUCAAUGAUUGUAAAUCCAAAUAUAAGAUUUUGGUAAAAUUAAUUUUAUCCAUAAAUAGACGCCAGGAUGAUAAUAAUGCAGAAGAGAGUUUAAAAAUCAUUAUUAAAAUGAAAGAAAAGUACCCCGAUAUUAUUAAAGGAAUAGACUUGAGUGGGGAUCCAAAAGUAGGGACUUUUAAUGAAAAUCUCUUUGAAAAGGCCAGGAUAGCAGGACUAAAAACUUCUAUACACUGCGCUGAAGUAAAGAAUAAUGAAGAGGUUAAGAAAAUUUUGGAUUUUGGACCUGACAGAUUAGGCCAUGCUGUGUGUUUGCAUCCUGCUUAUGAAGGCUCCCAAGAAAACUGGGAUUUGUACUUACAGAAAAAAAUUCCAAUUGAAUGCUGUCUUACGUCGAAUGUCAUUUGUGGAACCGUCGAACGAUACGAAGAACAUCAUAUUCAAGAAUUGAUCAAUUUAAGAUUACCAUUCUCAAUUUGUACAGACGACAAGGGCGUGUUCCGUACAAAUAGUUCAAAAGAAUACGAACACGUAAUGAAACACUUUAAAAUUUCACCUACGGACUUGUACCAAUUCAAUUACAACUCCGUUGAACAGAGUUUCGCUUCGGAUGAAGAAAAAAAGCGACUGAUACAUGUAUUAAACAAGGUAUUGUACUUAUUUCUUGGAGAUAUAUUCUCUAUGGUUCAAAUUAAAGAUUAUUGCGAUGAGCCUGUUGAUGAACAACUAUAUCGUGAUUUAAAUCUGGCCCCUAUGUGGAGAGAGUUUUAUUAAUAAAUUUUUUAAGCAUAAAUGUGUUUUUUUUUGUAUUAUUCUCGUACUUAAUGAGAUAUAUUUUUAGUUUUAAUGGGACAUGUAAAAAUAUUUGGCUCCUUUACCUUUUCAGAUUGCGCUUUAAACAUAUUCUGUCUCUCUACUCAAUACGCCUCCCCAAGUAAAAAUAGUUGGUCCCUUUUUCUUUAAGAUUUUAUGGAAAAGUUUGGACAUAUUAUCAAAUGAUGUAUUAACCGUAGUAAAAUGUAUAUUUGUCUCGAGACUGAUAGUUAUUUUGUAUUUUUUUUAGAUAUAUUCUUGUUAAUGUUUCACUUAUUAUUUUCUCCUCCCUUUCCAAACCAGUUAUAAACAUAUUUAGAGCAUUUGUGAAGCUUCGCUGUUUAUACCCCUAUAAGAAUCUUUAUAGUCCUCAUCUGACUGCAAAAGUGGCACAUCAUCUUUUUUGCUUAAUAUUUGUAGUAUGUAUACUUUGUUGUUACAUUAAGCAUUUUAGGUUACAAAUUGAUUAUUUUUUUUUAUAUAAAUAUAAUGCCAAUGUAAUUUUUACAAUCUGGU